AUGCCACGACCAGGAGGCACGGGCAGGAAGACUCAUCACGGAAAUCGACAUGAGAACGGCAUCGCUGUUACCGGGAAAAAGCUCGCCAAGUCAAAGUCAAAUGGCCACCUGAAUGGCAAUCCUAAUAGUGCACAGUUGCCCGCGCCCUCUUCGCACGCCUCAGGCACUCCGUCAGGUCAACCUCAAGCAAUAACGCCUGCCAAGUAUCACGAACUAGGUGGGAUAACGUACUCAACCAAGAUGGAAUCCAACGGGCGGGCUCAAGCAAACGGAUAUGAACAAGUCAGCGCGACCAUGUCGAACGGACACUCGUUCCCACUCGCUUCGACGAACGGAGGAGUCAUGCCAGCAACUGUGUUUGGGGAUCAAACUUCAACAAACGUGGACAAGUCAGCCGGUGGCGCCUCGUCGUUGAAGAAGACAUCGUCGAACAGCUCGGUAAACCCGUUUUCUUUGGCCUCUGCGAUUCUCAAAUCAUGCCCGAUGUACGACACUAUCGCGAUCCUUAUCUUUCUCUUACAAUUGCCUCCCAUCGUCUUGACCCUUGUCCAGUUUUUGUUUGCAUCUUUGACCUUCAUGCCUCCUGCCGGUGUGUCCACGAACGUUUUGACCUCGAAUUUCGACAUUUUCCAGGGCCCGGCCGGAACUCCGUCACUUUCAACUAUGAUCGCCAUGGAUGGAUUCUGUCUCUUGGUUUGGGGUCUGUUUAUGUGGACGUGGGCGCAGAAUUUUGCCAUAGAUCUCGCUCAGGUCCAGGUUGCGAUCACGAUGGGAGGAGGCAGCUCGGGGAAAAAUGAAGGAGUCAAUGCUUUUUGCGUCAUGAUGGUUUUGAUCGUGCACGUCGUUCGGAGUAAAGGUGUUCAGGACUUUGUUAUCAGUUACCUUUUGUCGGCCAAACUUAUAACUACGGAUACGCUCGCUCAAUAUUCCCACCUGGUUCCUCAAGAAUGGCGACGGAAAGAGCCUCCAUCCCCCCCAAGCUGGUUGCGAAGUCUACUUGCUGUUCAUAUCCUUGCACAAGCAGGCACUGCUAUGGCAAGGCGCUCGAUGGCCAAAAACCGCUCUUCCACACCGUCAAAAUCCGGAAGACGAACUGACACGGAAGCAUCUGCCGGUUCCCCAACUCACGUCGAUUCAUCUGCGUUCGAAUCUGCUACGAAUGGUGCGUCUCUUUUAACCCCUGAUGGUGCUGUCAUAGGACCAUCACUACUAAAGGAAAACCGAGAACGACUUUCCAGCGCAAAGAGAAGACGAAGACAAGCGAAUCAAGUGAGAAGUAGACAACCGUUUUGGGCUGCUUUGGCCAGUACCAAAGUCACCGUUAUGCGAGAGUAUGAUCAUUCGCGAAAUGGAACAUGGUCCACUCCUCACCACCCGGUCACUGAGGACGAUGUCGAAGGGCUUCCUUUGAACGAUGGUUUUAUAUGGAUUACACAGGUAGAUAAUUCCUCGAUUAUGUUCGCGGCAAGCGAUUUUGCUCAAGUAGAUGAUGCUAUAUACGAGAAUAGCGAUCAGGAUGUUCGAGGGCAACCUUUUUAUAUCAGAGUUAACGGUGCUCACUGGGCUCCUGUUACUCUUUCUAGAGUACGUAAGAACCCAGACGAACCCUCGCUUGUCUGCUGGAGAGGUGAAAUUUCCGGGCUGGCGCCAGAUUGUGCGUACACUUGCAGCUUCAUCCGCAACGAUACGAAUGAAACUAUCUGUGUCAUGAGUGUGAAAACUCCGCCCACCCCCGACACAGACCAAGCACUCUCGGCCAUUAAUGUGUCACCGUCGCCACGGCAAUCUCUCCGGCCCUCUUCUCCCACCACUACCAUCAAAAAUUCCAUUGCGAAUGCCGAGGCAAAGUUGAAUGAACGUCGUGCACGGCUCAAGCGGUCAAAAAAUGAUCACAAGCUACUUAUUUCCAAGUUGAAGAAAGAGGUUGAUAACUUCAAUACACGUCUCAGCGGUGGUUCCGAUAAAAAUCGGCAGAGGCAAAGAUUGCUACAACUUGAGCGCACAAUUAAGCAGACCGAAGAAGCUACUAUCGCCAUUGAUGUUCAGUUACGGAAUCUAAAAGCUACCCCGGAAGAGGAACUAGAAGAGUGGAAUUCUCGAAAAUGUGCCUUUGAUCAAGAGAUGGAUCGGGUGAAAUCACUCAAGGAGGAAGUGGACGCCGCAAGGAGGACGGCAAACCGUAGUGUAGCUUCAGCGAAAUCAGAACUGGCCUCGGCCAUCCAGAAGCGGGAGCGACUCCAAGGGCGUCAACAGCGACUAACCGAACAGCAUGAACGCAUUACAAGUGCUAAUAACCAGGGUCUCAAUGAACUUGAACGGAGAGCGGCGGAGCAGCUUGCUAAGGAACGCGAACGUGCUAGUAUCGAAGAAAGCUUCAACGAUCAAUUAACAAGCAUUACUCGCUCGAUUCAGGAUUAUCAGAUUCGGACGGGGCACCUCUGGCAGCAAGCUACGGCCGUAGAGCAGGCCUACCAGCAGCAGCAACAACAACAAAUGCUGAUGAGUGCAGGGCCCCUCACUCCGGAAGGCAAUCUACCAGGAACCAAUCCACCGCCUCAUGAAGCUGGCACAUCUACGAUGUCUCCAAUGCCUUUGACUACGAAAUCCUUUUCGGGCUCAAUCUACGCCAACUUUGGUGUCAACGAAUCCGGGGGAUUUACCGACCGCCAAACUUCAAUGUCGCCCGUUGUAGCUACUUCCCAUUUGAUGAGUGUGGAGCAGCAACAACCAUACCCUUCCUCUCCAUUGGCUACCGCUGACCCUUUCUUUGGACCCGAACUAAUCACGCACCGCCAUCGAUCACUCUCCAAUUUCUCUGGUGCUAGCUUGCCAGCAGAGCAGCUCCCAACACGACUACGAGAUUCGCCUGAUUCUACGUGCGAGACUAACCCAAAACGUGCAACACAUUUUGGGCCAAGUGCUCGCCGGUUUACCAGAGCUGGUAGCCAAGGCAGCGCUAGCGGUAGUGGUAGCGGCACUGGCAGUGGGAGCGGAAGCCCUCAUUCUAGUCGAGAGAAACCGAGUUGGUGCUAA